UUUAAUUUUCAUAAAUAAGGAUUCAUACACAUUUGUACAUCUGUAAAGUUGUUCAUAUGUAAAUAAUUUAUGCUUUAGAUGCUGUCAUAAGUCAAUAUUGUACAUUUCAUUGUCUAUGCAAAUGUAAGUAAAUGUAAAUGUGGUAGAACCACACUUUAAGUAAAAAUACAUAUGAAGAGAGAGUGUUUCUAGUUUUACAGAAUGCCUGUAUAUUUUACAACUUAUAACCAUAUAUUUCAUUAAGUGAUAUAAUGUUAAUACUUUAACUAUAGGCUACCAAAACCUGCCUUUUAACCUUAAAAUGUACUGAUAACUAUCACAAUAAUACAGGUGGCACAAUAGAAAGCCACAUGAUUAAUCAGAGUUCAUCAUAAACGGCCUGUUCAGAAAACAUGGUCAAUACCCGUGCACAGGGUCAUACAUACAAAGACAAAACACCAUCAGGGCCCUAAAAUAAUGCAAUAAAUAUUACCUAAAUAACAGAAAAUGUAACACAAAACACACCAAUGUACAUUACUGAUAACAAAAAUAAGAAGAAACAAAAAUAUUUAUAAAAAAAUGUAAUCAGGGACUUCUGGGAAUGUCCUUUUACUGCGUUUUUUUCACCAUAAAUUAUAUGGUAAUUCAUAGUUUUUACUUGCAAAAACAUAAAUGUAACAUUAUUUUGCAGUAAGACUAUAUACAUAUAAUGUGGUGUUAAAUUUACAGUUUUUCACCACAUAUGGUAAGGUAAAUUACAUUAACCAAUACCAAUUAACAUGUUUUUACUUUGGCAUUUUUACAGUAUUUUAUAAAAAAUACAAACUUUUUUCCCAGUGUACAGCUUAUGCAGUUGCAAAAGUAACAAUAGGGUUUGGAAGAUUCGUCAAAACAAUUUAAAGUAUUAAUUUAGUGAAGUAAAAGUCAAGAAACAUUUACAGGUAUACUCAGGUAGAAAUAUUGCAAACAAAUAUUCAUUAAUACACAUCUUGAAUAGUUACUAUAGUGAAAUUGGCAUAGCCUAUCGUUGUCUCUAUUGGACUCCUUACUAAACUAAUGAAAAGCAAGCACAUGUAACAUUGUAUACUAAUUUGUUUAAAGGAAUAAAUGCUACUACGGCUUGCCAUAGAGCUCGGAGCGAGCAAGGGAGUGAGGGAGGGCAUUGCUGCUUAAAAUGCUGUGAAUGUGACAGCCAAUCGUCCAGACUGCCAGUCUCCGCUUGGGGAGGGAAUGAGGAAAAACCUCUGUGAGGAAAAUGCGCGCGAAGUGACACGACACGCGCCGCUCUACAAGUGCUCUGACCGUUUUCCACCAACAGCGCGAGGACCGGGGCGCGAAAACGACUCGCCCUUUUGAGGGGACAAACAUGACUGUGGUGCCCGGGGAGAACCUCGAAGAGACUGUGGCAUUGGCAGCCCUGUCCCAAGAUGUUUACGACCCCGAAAGGGCAGACCAGGAGUGCUGCGAGAGGGUGGUUAUUAACAUCUCCGGACUGCGCUUCGAAACCCAAUUGAAAACCCUUGCGCAAUUCCCUGCCACCUUACUCGGUGACCCCAGGAAAAGAAUGCGCUUCUUCGACCCUCUGAGGAAUGAGUACUUUUUUGACAGGAACCGACCGAGUUUUGAUGCCAUCCUCUACUACUAUCAGUCUGGAGGCAGGCUGAGGAGACCAGUCAAUGUUCCUGUGGACAUCUUUAUGGAGGAGAUCAAAUUCUACGAGUUGGGAGAAGAAGUCAUUGAGAAUUUUAAAGAGGACGAGGGCUUCAUCAAGGAGGAAGAGCGACCUUUGCCAGAAAACGAGUUCCAGAGGCAGGUCUGGCUGCUGUUCGAGUACCCCGAGAGCUCUGGACCCGCAAGGGGCAUCGCAAUAGUCUCAGUGCUCGUCAUUUUGAUAUCCAUUGUCAUAUUUUGCUUGGAGACUUUACCUGAGUUUAGGGAGGACGGGAAAAUGUAUGAGGAGCACCUCACAUUCAAUGGAACUGCUAGUUUAAAGAAGCCCAAUCCCUUCACAGACCCAUUUUUUAUUGUGGAGACCCUUUGUAUAAUAUGGUUCUCCUUUGAACUGCUCGUGAGGUUUCUCGCGUGCCCAAGCAAGCCCGCUUUCUUUAAGAAUAUCAUGAACACAAUCGACAUCGUGGCCAUUAUUCCCUACUUCAUCACCUUGGGUCUGGAGUUGGCCGAGCAUCAGGGCAACGGCCAGCAGGCGAUGUCUCUGGCCAUCCUGAGGGUCAUUCGCUUGGUGCGGGUGUUCCGCAUAUUCAAGCUUUCCAGACACUCAAAGGGGCUUCAGAUUCUGGGCAAGACCCUUCAAGCGAGCAUGCGGGAACUGGGUCUCCUCAUAUUCUUCCUUUUCAUUGGAGUUAUACUGUUCUCCAGCGCCGUGUAUUUCGCCGAGACGGACGACCCCGACUCGGGGUUCAGCAGCAUCCCCGAUGCCUUCUGGUGGGCAGUGGUUUCCAUGACAACUGUAGGCUACGGGGACAUGUGCCCAGUCACAAUUGGUGGCAAAAUAGUGGGCUCUUUGUGUGCCAUUGCUGGUGUGCUCACCAUUGCUCUUCCAGUGCCCGUCAUCGUGUCCAAUUUCAAUUACUUCUACCACAGGGAGACCGAGCACGAGGAGCAGAUGCAGUACACGCACGUAACGUGUGGCCAACAGCAACCCUCGUUUGGUGAAUUUAAAAGGAGUGAAAGCAAAGCGUCCCUUUCCAAAUCAGACUAUUUGGAUUCAGAGGAUGGAGAUUCGGUCAAGUACACCAACUGCAGCCCCCAUAAAGCAUACACAGGGAAGCUUACUGAUGUAUGAAUGUAGAAAGCCAGCAAUUAUUCACCCAAAGAAGCGCACCUUUCUCUGCGAGUACAUCCUCAUCCCUCGCGCUGGCUUGAGUAGAUGUCUAAUAAUCUGCGAGGAACACUUCAUUUGGAAACUACGACAGUGGAUUUUACUAUGACGUGAUGUGCGAUUGUUUUCUAAACUGUCUUCCAUUGUUGUGAUCGUCGAUCAUCGAAGCGCGCGCGAGACGUAGGCUAGCUAUAGACGCAAAAUUAAAAAAUAAAUAAAUAGAUAAAAAAUACAUAACGUAUGCUAUUAUAUAUAAGCAAGCCCAAUUAAAUGUGUAGCACUUUAUUAGUAUACUCUUAGUCCACAAAUUCGUUGGUGCGUGAUCGGUUAGUUUUUCAAAACAAAUUCGCUGACAGACAGUAAAGAAGUUUACAUAUAGGCUACAGUUUGCUUAUUUGGAGAGAAACAGUAGGACCAAAAUAUAUAUCUUGUUAUUUUAUUUUCCUAACGAGGACAGUUCAACUGCAAGGUCAUUUGGAAAACGACUUACCCCAGCUCAUUUAAUAAUGGCAACUGUUGUUAUUGUUAUUAUUUUUUACUUUUUUUUUUUUUACUUGCUGUGUAAUGUGUAACGUAAUUUUGAAAUCUGAGAAAUACAUAUCUCCGUGAUUUUAUUGAGAAUGAUCAGUAGAAGAGCAAACCAGAUCUGAGAUUAUUAAGCAUUUUAAGGAGCAUACUGCAUUUUUUCAGGUGGUGUCAUAAUAAUAUCAGUGCCAUAUUUCAUUAGCAUUGAAAGGUUAUGGCAUCUUAAAAUUACUUGAUAACUUUAUUCGCACUAUGUAGAAGCACUGCAGGGAUAGAUUUCUAAUGAUUAGCAACAUUUGAUUUAAGCUUCUUUAUUUCUUCAUAUUAUCAACAGAUGCGUAUAGAAUGAAUGAGCAGAAGCUCGAUUUCAAACAAUGUGCGCUCAAUUCUGGACACGAGGUCUUUUUUUCUUUUUUUACAAUACAAUAGCGUUAUCUAGUGGGCAGAGAUGGUAACUGCAGGCUUUAAGAGCCUAAAUGUGUUUCCAUAGCAACUUUCCAGACGGUUCUGGAGACAUUAUCGUGCUAUUAUUGUUUCCUUAAUUUGCUCACGUGAAAGAUGGUUUCUGGUGCUUUUAUUAUAUAUAAAAAAGGAACAUUCUAUCAUUAAUUCAAUCAAUUAUCAACCCUCAGAUAGGCAGUUUACCUUCUUAUUAGGCCUAGUUAGACGAAACGAGGCUCAUCCAAUGUAUCAUGUGAAUACAGUGUAACAAUAUACACCGAUAGACCACAUCACACAAAAUGGAGAAACGUCUACAUUUCUGCUCUGCAACAGCAUCAAGAGGGGAUCACGAAUUCAGCACAAAAAGGGAUUCAUUAUGACGUCACUGUGAGGAAGAAAAACUCGUCCGCCUAUUGGCUGGAUUAUCAACUCUUGCAAUGUCAAUAAUGGACUAACUGAAAAUGGAAAUAACUGCACAGAUUUCCGCACACACCACGUGAAGUUGGAUUUUUACAUUAACAAGAAGAGUUCAGACAGGAUGAGGUACAGUCAUGAAUUUGGACUCUCCAUCCUACAGAUCUGCAUAUAUAAGCAGCACAAUAUCAUCAAAGACAAUAUGAACCUUCACCAGAGCAGCACUAUAUGGGACAACACAAACUUCACAUGUUUGCAUUUAAACAGCAUUCAUUUGUUCCUAUCUAAGGAAUUAUGUACAAUGCCUCAAAAGGAAUCAUGUUGUGUAAUGUGGAAAUUAACCAUGAGGAAACAUGGAAAACGUGAUAUCGUGGUGAAGAUAAAGAAGAUACUUUGAAGCGCAUUGAGGUAGAAAUGAUUUACUUGAAAUCACAGAUUACAUGCACAAACAAUUUGUGAGAUGCUUCCUGAUGUUUAUUCGCCCCCGAAACAACAACAUGCUACUGGGACAGGUGUGUGUGAGUGUGUACACGUGAACAUGUAUACAUAUAUGUCUUCAGACCAGCAGUAUGUCAUGUUUAAACAUCGCAGAUCAUGUGCUAUACCAAAACAUUUUAUGGCAUGCAUAGAAAGUUGGGCAUGGAAUAAAUCUUGAUUAUUUUGUUAAUUUAUAUUUUAUUUUAUUUUUUUUUUUUUUUUGGUCAACAAACUCAGUAGUCAGUGGGAACAACUAUAAAUGACAACAAAUUACUUGACUGUUGAGGUUAACAUUGUUAAAUAUCUAUUUUUUUAAAGUAUUAUAGGUUUUAUAUAAAAAUGGAAUCGGUUAAACUGGUGACAGGUUAUUUUUCUAGCUUUUUAAAAUUUUGCUAAAUCAUUUUCAGUUUUCUUUCUUUUUUCACUCGGUUUAAUUAAAAAGUGAAAAGGAAAUGUGUAGACAUGUAGAAAUUCUGUCAUGAUUAUGGCACCUUUCCUCCUCCAAGUGUUUUAUGCAGUACAAACACUGAAGCACAAUUGCUAAGGGUUUGUGUCUUUAUUUCUUUUAUGAUUAAUGAUAUAGUUUCAGAAUCACCCAUCACUGAAAGCAUCUACCUCACUGUCCUGAUUGGCUGUUUUACUGUGCGUUUACCUCGCUGUGUUGAGUUACGUCAAGCAGAUCACAAGCCUUAUUUCUUGAAACAACUCGAGCAAACAGUAUGUUGUAUUUCCCCUUAUUACUGUUGGUGUGUUUUUCUGGCUUUGUCCAUCCUGAUUUUAUACAAUUACUCAAUGCUAGAAGUCAAGUAGAAAUAUGACACUGAAUAAUAGUGUAAAGAUGGCAAGUAAAAAUUCAUGCCCCACAACAGAAUUAAGUGAUUGAAAUGUAUUAAGCCUGUUUUCUGAUAAUAGUGAUGUGUAGGACUAUGAAGUUGGACUCUGGAUAAAUUUUAUUAGGUAAAAUAUGGGAAGUUGCAAUGUGACAUGUAUAUGCUGAUGAUGAUACUGAUUGUAUGACAUUAUAUUUCCCUAGGCGAAAUGUAUAUAAACAUAAUGUCCCUAUUUAAAUGAAUAAUUAUUUAACUCACGUCUGUUCACAAACACAAAUGUACUGCAUCCAUUUUAACUCCUGAAAUGCUGACUUCACAUACAUACAGUAUGAAUGUCUGCAUCAUGUCAAAUGAAUGUCCAGCAUCCAGGACAUCAUUUCCAUGUGGAAGCUUCAGGAUGCUUCAUAAUGAUUUCUUUACACUGCCAUUAUUUUCACUCUUUCAUUUCAUUUACAAGCUAGUUUUAAUAAACAUGUAUCAUCUGUUCUCUGCAUCUAAAUUAGGCAUUACUGUUGGAUAAAAAUAGGACAGAGCAGUAAUGACCGGAAUUGAUUCAUUUUUGUUAACAGUUUAUUUUAAUGAAUUUAAUCACUCAAAAUGGUUCUCAGAAUUUCAUGUUUGUAGUACAAUACAUUUUAUAUAAAUUUUUACAAUACAGCAAUUUUCAAUUACAUAAAUUGUGUCAACAAAUCACCAACACAUAAUUUUACUAAAAGUUUUUCCCCUUUGUGAAUUAAUUUGACCAAAUUUGAGCAAUUCAUUUGUGAAUUAUAAAUCAAUAUUAUGUUUGGUCCUAUUGAUAUUGACAUAAUCAUAUCGAUAUAAAAUGCGCAAAACAGCUUUAUUCGUGUGUUUUAAACAUGCUGGUUCUCAUGUUGGCUGCCGCCCAGUGACUAGACCUGAUAUUGAGCUGUGAUACAAACAUUUACUUACUAACACAUUCAUUUUAUCAUUACUGUAAUGAUCUAUAUGAUAAGAGACCCCAGGGUAGAGGACACCAGAAAACAACUGUGAUAUUAAUUCUAUACUCUCUCAAAAAAGGAUCAUUCUCUCUCUGCUGCGAUCAUUGUAAGAAAAAAAAUAAAAGAUUUUGAGGUAGGCCUGUUUAACUGAUUUCGGUAACAUUUUAAAAUACUGUUCCGUCAUUAAUGAAUACAUAUACAUAUACAAUACAUUCUAGUAACUACUAUUACACAGUGGCUCAGUGGGUAGCACUGUCGCCUCACAGCAAGAAGGUCCCCUAUUCGAGUCCCGUCUAAGCCAGGAGUCCUUUCAGUGUGAAGUUCUCCCCGUAUCAGUGUGGUUUCCCACACACAGUCCAAAGACAUGCAAGUUAGUUGGAUUGAACAUGCCAAAUUGGCCGUAGGUGUGAAUGCGUGUGUGUGAGUCACAAGCCAUGUAAUAGGAAGGGUUGGGGAAAGACCUGGCAACCUACCCCGGAAAAAACAUUGCCAAGAAAAUUCAUGGACAGUCUAUCGCGUAUGGUGAGAGAUAGUCAUAGAAUCACUAAGAGUUGGAUAUGACUGAAACGGUAAUGAGAGAGAGAGAGAUAUUUAUUAAUGAUGGAAUGGUAUUGGACAUGCAGUAUUAUCUAGUUGACUAGUUUUGAACACAUCAGCUAAUAAAUACUGUUUAGUAAAAUUUAUUUAACUCAUUUUCAAAUAACAGAAUUAGUAUCCACCUUAUUUUUAACAUAAGAGCAGGCACGGCCAUUUUUAACUUGAAUGUGUCGAGGCUUCCAGGGUCAGUCGCUUUCAGUUAUUUUAGCGGUAGAUUGAUAUUGCAAACUGGUAUUUGUUACCAUAUUAUUUUAAUCAUUGUUAUCAUAAACACACUGGUUUGUUUCUGAAAUGAUUUUACCAUUUACUGUACUUUAUUAUUCUACUAGUUAGGGUUAGGGUUUAUCUGUAGAGCGCUGCAGUGAUGACGUAUUUUUGUAGGCCAACCCGUACUUUAGCAUCAGCCUGGUUUCCUUGACACAAACUCAAUAGGAUUUUUUCAUUAGCUUUUGGAUUACUGCAGAAAAUACGCCCUGUGACCAACAAAAGUUUAUGAUUCUUACAUGAUUUGCUCAUCAUGAUAAUCUUCACAAAUUAACAAGUCUAAAUACAAUUGCCAAUAGGAAAAAAAACUAAAUGUAGGCUAUAAACGAACUGCACCACAGUCACAUGACUUCCAACAACUCUUUUAGUCUUUAUUUAAAAAUAUUUUCCCUGAAAGUUUGGAUUAGAAUAGUUUGCAAGAGUGCAAUUAUAAACACACUGAGGCUUGUGUUUAGAUGAGUUUAGUACAAAUUCGUAACUAUAUUAUGUUUUGGCAAAACCCAACGACUUCAAGACGAUGGAAGCAAAAGUGCUAAAAUGCUAAAGUUCAGAAAACUCUUUUCUGGGUUUUGGCCUACAAAAAUACAUCAUCCCUGCAGCACUCUAUUGUGGCCAAUGAAUCGUAAGUCUUGGACAUUCACAGGAAAUAGCUUCUGCGUUGAAAAAUAAAGUGGAUAAAAUAAAAGAUAACUUUUUGAAGCGAGUUCUCUUGUGAGGUUAAGUGGGUUAAAGGGUUAGUUCGCCCAAAAAUGAAAUUUCUGUCAUUAAUUACUCACCCUCAUGUCGUUUCAAA